ACGCAUUUUUAUCAAACAUGUUCCUUUAUUAUUUUUUAUAACAAAUAUGUCUCUAUAAUAUGUAAAAAUGAUCAAACAUGUUCUUCUGUUAAAAUUUGUAUAAAAAAAAUCAUCAACCAUGGCCAAACCUUGAUUUGGGCGACACCUAUAUCGAAAAAUAUUCCUAAUAAUUUCACUUUAAAAUUGUUUUGUUUCUUUUGUAUAGUCACAUACCUCUAAUAAUUUCACUACAACGAGACUUGGAGAAAUAAAUGAGGAAAAACAGAUAUUACACCCCCAAUUUUUUCGGUGUCGGGUUGUGUGAAUCUCGGUUCAACCGUGAUUGACCAUUUUUAAUGGAAAUUUUAGCAUAAGGGCAUGUUUGAUAAUUUUACAAAAGUAUAGGGGCAUGUUUGAUGUAAAAAAUAGGCAAAAUAAUAUAGCCAUUUCUAUUCGAAAAAAACAAAUAACCAAUUCCGUCCAUUUUGGUAACGGUGUUAGCAGACGUUAUGACUGUACUAACGGCUUGCACUGAGUUGGCAACAGACGUUACCCCACUUUCCGACGUGGAAAUCAGACUUAAAAAAAAUGAAAGUGAUCAGCUGUCCACCACCAGUCGCGACUCUUCCAUUCCAACCUUAUCCCUUCAUUUUUCUUUCCCCCUUCACCUCUCUUCCUCCGACCACGACACAAGACUGACGACGACUGAAAGAUUGAUCCCAACAUUGUAACCCCAAUGCCUAAUUCUCCUCUCCCUCAUUCCUCUUGAAUGAUUAAUUCGAUUGAUUGAUGCAAAAUCUCAAUCGUGUUCUCUGUUCCCCGCAUCCCCCAAAUCCGAAUCCGGUGGAAGAAGGAAACCCAUCUGGCGGAUUGAAAAGAAAUUCCCAAAUCCAUACAAGCUGAGGCGAAUCGGGAGCAAUCAUUUGGGAAUGACGAUGAAAGGGAACCAGAAAGAUCCGGAGAAGAUCAUCUGGGAUCAGAUGCGGAACCCAAACUCCGUCGCUGCUCCCGGUUCCCCAGCUCGGAUCCUCCCCAAGCUCAUUGUAUGGCUUCUCCUCUUCGUCACCGUCACCUACGUUUUCUACACCCUCAAGCUCCUCUCCACUUCCCAAGCCUGCGACGAAGACCCCUUCUCCCACCACCACCGCCUCUCCCACGUUUCCCUCAGCGACAACCACUCCUCCUCUUACGAUACGGGCACGGGAAUCGCUCUCCCGCGGCGGGAGAUCGAGGAGAUGCCGGAGAAGCAGGGGACGGGUCUUCAGCACGUGGUGUUCGGCAUCGCGGCGUCGGCGAGGCUCUGGGAAAAGAGGAAGGAGUACAUCAAGAUUUGGUACAAGGCCGACAGAAUGAAUGAAGUCGGUGGCGGUCUCCAGCGGCGGGGUCGCGGUCUCCAGCGGCGACGUCGUCUCCAGCAAGUGCAAACCCUAAUUAGAAACUGGAGUUUAGAAUUUCGGGGACAGGGAAGAAGGAGAAAGGGAAGUAAACAUAUAUAAUUUUUUUUAUUAUUAUUUACGUGGCAUUCCACGUGUACGUUUUGCUGAUGUGUCAAUGAUGUGUAGGUCGGUUUUCGUCCUCGUCAGCGUUCCGUCAAACGAUUUAACGGAGUCGCAGACGGUGUUAAAGUUUCUAACGGAUUUGGCUAGAUUUGUCACACUACCCUCAGUUUUUUGGGCUAUUUGUGGUUUUCGAAUAGAAAUGGCUAUAUUUGUCAAAAGUGUGAAAGUUAUGGCUAUACAGGUGUAUUUUGCCUAAAAAAUAGUAUAGGGACAUGUUUGAUAAAAUUGCAUAGUAGAGGGGCAUAUUAUACCUAUAAGGCUAUAACCCAUAACAAAUCUAACAAUUUACGUUACAAAUUUUAACGGUGUUAGAGACACCGUCAGUUAUUGUAACGGUACGCUAAUUAGGAUCUAAAUCAACACACAUCAGCGACAAAUGGGCCUAAAAUGACACAUUAUUUGCCUUUUCUUCUUGGUUCUACGGGGAUUUGGGGUUUUCUUAUUAAUCUUCACCACUGAUUUCUCCCAUCGCUUUAUGUGUCUGGAAUUGGGAUUCUGGAAUCGAAAAUAAUCCUUCCUCAAAAACUCAAAUAUGGUUCCCCCAACAAAUCCAAUCCCACUACCACUUCCACCUUCGAGAAAUUCCCCAAUUAUAGCAAUGAACUCGUCUAUCGGAUUCCUCACUACUCCAACGCAAAUCGAGGGUUAGAGUUCUUCCAUCACUUGAUGAUCGCACUAUAGUGCAAUGCAAGUAAUAAAAUCCUAGAUAAAUAAGGGUGGUAUUCUAUGAGUUAUUUUGAUUGUAACUACUCAAAGCUAACUAGUUGUGUCGAAUCAAAAUGCAAACAAAGUAAACAUGAUGGUUUGAGGUGUCCUUGGUCGAGUUCUACUAUAUUAAUGCAACUAAAUGAAAAACCAAGCAAGUAAAUGAAUGUUUAGGUAGUGUUUUCUAGAUAAUCAUGCAUUUAUUCUUCUCACUAAGAUGCAUAUAUACAUCAUCUAUGAUUGUGUCCUAUCUCUUCCACUAAGGUCAUCCUACUCGAGGUUUCACAAUAUGCAAUAGGAACUUGACUAGCUAAUGCAUGCUUUCGCUUCUUGCAAUCACCUAAUCAAUGAAAGAACAGAGAAGUUAUGAUAGCAUAUAUAUAGUUAAGUGUGGACCUUGUUAUACCCUCGGUAUUUGGCUUCACGUUCAAUCAUAAUAAACGAAUGAUUGGAUUGACAGUUGAGUACGAAAACUUGAAUCAAACAAAACCAGGCAAAUCAAAAUGCGGGCCAUUUUCUAGUAAGUUAUGACACCGGACGACGAUACAAAAACGGUGGUGAUAGGUUAAGGAGUGUCUAGUUUUGAGGUUAAGGGUGAAGAGUAAUGUCAACUCCCACAAGUUCUUUUAAAAGGAUAAAGUUAGAGGAAGCGAGUAAGACCAAAUCCCGCAAAGUAAAAGGCAAAUGUUUAAGAUUUCUUUGAUUAUAAUGUUUGAGUUUUGAGGGUGUCGAGUUAUAACAACUCCCACGUGUUUAAGUGUAAUGUUAAAGGGUGGAAGUAUAAACAACUUCUCAUUUCAUCAGGUAUAAAAAGGUUUAGAGGGCGAGUAGCUCGAGAGGAGAUAGUGCGACACUAACAGCAGCAACAUCCGUGAAGAUGUCCCAGAAAGGAUCACGUAAGGGAGUUGUAGUUGGAAAUGUUUAGUUGUUUUCGUUUCAUGAUUCUGAGUAUAAACUGGAGAUGCAGAGUUUGUGUUUUAAGAUUUAUGGAUUAAAGUUGCCCAACUGCUUAGGGCUUUAUAUUUGAGUUAUAAGAAAUGGUUCAGUUUUCUUUUGUUUACCUUGUUUUUAUUUUUAAGAAAAUUUUACUCGGUUCCGAAGCAUUUGCUUUGUAUUUUUGGUUAAAAGGAUAAAGAUGUUACAGACCUCUUAGGCAUAACUCGUAGUCUAUAGCAUCGAUGAUCUAACAAUCAAGCAUUGAUACUAGUUGAUGCAUGGAUGUGUAGCUAAUCCUCUCAUACACGUCUAGCAUCGAUGGGGUAUCCCUAGAGGGUAGUGUUCUUAGCAGCGUAGAUGAUACUAAGCAUAGUGCAUAGAGUAACAUAUCGUAGAUUCGUGCACAUAGAACAAACGAAACAUCAUAUGAUAUAAAACAUCAAUAAUUAUAAACAAUAGAUGAUUCAAGCAUGCAUUCAAUAAAGCAUGUAAGGUAACAACUAUUGAAGAUCAUAAGCAUAAAAAAAAAUAGAAUCUUCAUUGAUUCAUCAAAAGAUACAUAAACAUUAUCGAAUUCACAUCUUUAAACAAAUCAAACUGGAAAAGUAUAGGAGAAUAGGAAGACAUCACUGAAGAUGAAGAACAUUGAUGGUCAAUCAUCAUCGUCAAACUCCAACAUGGUUUUUCCUCUUCUCUAGGAUUCCUAACUCGUGCCCCUAAGGCAGAGUGCUGGUAAAAGGUGUAGUAUGAAGUCUACCCUAGGCCUCUAUUUAUACUAGUUACAGAAGGGGGUUUUCUUAGAUUUUUCCUCUACAAAAUGGCUAAAACCUUCCAUGUACGACUUGAAAUUGUAUCCCAUCGACUUGUGGACGAAGUAACCUUGAAGAGGAAGUUUCUUGAGCUUGGGCUUGAGUGGAGGUCGGACCCGUUACUGGGUCGCCACAUGUUUUCUUCGUGCAAUGGAUUGUUUGGCACACAAGCAAUCUCUCCUCCAAAUUUGGGUGUGAUAUGACUUAUAGAACUCUUUUGGACAUCGAUCAAAAUUGAGUCUGCUUCACUACCAGAUCUGCUUGUUUUGGCCAUAAAGUGAGCAUCCAAUGUCCAAAUCCAUAUAUGUUUGAGCCCAUGAGCUUGUAAUAUCAUCCUCCUUCUGAUUCAUUGGAUCCCUUGGUGAUCCAUAUUUGUGAGUGCAUUAUAUUCUUAAAAAUCAUAAAAGAGCACCAAAAGACAUAAAAUAAUAGAAAACACACUCAAGGUCUAUCACAAAAAUUUAAUUUGAUGGGUAUGGGGCGGAUAUGAUUUUAGACUCCCUGCCCCAUACCCAUACCCGCCCUCCUCAAAAGUAUUUCUUCACAUGUGAAAAAAUAUGUGAAUCAAUUUGUGAUCUAUCAAUAAUAGUGAAUAUAACUCAAUAAAAUAUAAAGUAAAAA